AUGGGCGGCUGCGCGUCAGCGCCCGCUGUGAAGGACGGGCGCGCCACUCACGCUUUGCAGUCGACGCCACCGGCGACGGCAGCGCUCCCAGUGGUGCACCUGUCACCCCCGCCCAGCGCGCGCGACACGGUCAAGCAGGCGCCUCCGCAGCCGCCGCUCGAGGAUUUCGCUUUGGAAGGGCGUGUGGGCAGCAUCACCGUGAAGCGCCUGCGCACGGGCAGUUCUCAGACAAAGCUUCAGAUGCAGUUCCUGACCGAGGUGCACGAUCUGCAGCAGCAGCUGGCUCUGGCCAACGCCAACCCCCUCCUGGGGCUGGGGGAGUGCGCCGAGCUGCUGACCGGACACCUGAAUGUUGACCUGGUCGCCGUCUGGGUGUUUUCGGCGGAGGACCCGACCGCGGCCGUCCUGAUGGCCGCGCACGGCGCCGGCGCGGCGCUGCUGCAGCGCUGCGUGGUGGUGCGCUGCCCUGGCGGCGCGGCGGGCGUAUUGAGCAGCGUCUCGGUCGCAGACGCCGCUGCGGCGGAGCCGGCCGGCGGCGUGCCUGAUCACCUCCUGCAGCUGUACCGGAUGGCUGGGCUGCGCUCCAUCGUGGCGGUGCCUGUGGGGCCUCCGGGGGCGCCGCUGGGGUCGCUGCUGAUGGGCAAGGCGGCGCCGGACGCUUUUGCAGACGACUGGUGGCAUGUGCGCCUGCAGGCGGUGGCGAUGGGCCUGCUGCAGCACGUGCGGCACGGCCAGGUGGAGCAGAUGGCGCAGCUGCUGCGGGCGCUGGACGAGGUGCAGGACCCUGUGGCCCUCAUCAGCGUGGUGCUGCGGAGCGCCCAGCGCUACAUGUUCAGGGCUACCACAAUGCACACCACAGCCCGCCUCGCCCUGCUGCAGCGCGAGGGCGCGGCCGAGGCGCUGCUGUUUGAGACGCCUGGGGGCGGCUCAAAGGAGGAGCUCAUGGCGGGCUGCGGCAAGAACCAGCUCGCGCUGCGCGGCGACGCAUCGGCGGAGGUGGUAGCGAGCCAGCUGGGGCUGCAGCACACGCUGCUGGCGUCGAGCGUGAAGCAGCAGCAGGCGCGGUUCAUCCAGGACUGCUCGCUCUACAUGCAGACCUGCGCGCGCCCCGCCAAGGACAUAUUCACGCGCGCCUCUGAGCUCGUGUCCUCCCUAGUGGUUGUGCCCCUGCUGGCGCCGGAAGACGAGGGGACGCCGCUCGGCGCGGUCUACUUUGCUCUUGACCACCCCUGCGAGUUUGAGAACAUGCAGGAUACGCUGCUGGGCUUCAUCCAUGGAACGAGCCACAUGUUGCACAACAAACUGUCGGGGCGGUCGGACGUGCUCGCAGCAAUGGUGGCUAAGGCCCAGCGCCGCGCGCUCACGGUCAACUCGAGCGCCACUGACCCAGCGCUCAACGCGAUCAACGAGGCGCCGGCCGCCUCCAGCGGCUCAUCUGACGGCGCCGCCGGCGCGGGCGUGGCCAACGGCCGUGUCGGUGGCGCGGAGUCCGAUGCAGCGCGGUCGGCGCGCAGCGUCUCAAGGGGCGGCGGGCACGCGCGGCUGAACACAGAAGCGAUGCUCAAGCUGGUGCAGCAGGAGAUUCGCAACAGCCGCCGCCGCACCGCUGAGCUGUCGUUUGUACCAGAGCUCGUGGUUGGGGAGUGCCUCGGCCGCGGAGGUUUUGGCACCGUGUUCCGCGGCUACUGGCACAAGGUGGUGGUGGCGGUGAAGGUCAUGCACACGCGCAAGAACGAGCGGGAGGCCAUGAAGGACGCGGUGGAGAUGGCGGUGCUGUCGUCGGUGCAACACCCCAACAUCGUCAGCGUCUACUCCUGCCUCACGGACAUGGUCGAGAUCGGGGGAGAUGACGUCAUGUCCAUGUCCAGCAUGGGCAGCUUCAACGGUUCCAUGCGCAUGAAGUUCCGGCGGCUGCAGCCUGACGAGGAUCCGGACGGGGCGCUGGCGACGUGCAACAUCCUGGUUAUGGAGUUUUGCGAUAAGGGGACACUCCGCGACGCCGUCAAGGCCUUCACCUUCCACCAGGAGCUCGAGGGCGGCGCCAUCGGCGUGGACGUCACCGCGGCGGUGGAUGUACUGCAGGACAUCGCGUAUGCGGUACAGUACCUGCACAACGUGCACCUGGUGCAUGGGGACAUCAAGCUUGAGAACAUUCUGCUGAAGACAGACAGCUCUGUGCGGCUCGGCGUGAUGCCCAAGCCAGCGGCCGUGGACCGCUCCAAAGAGGCCCCCGCUCCCUUCUCACCCCGGCCCCCGCUCGGCCCGCCACGCGCACACGCCCCCCCGGUCUCCUCGGACUGCCGCCAGCUGGCGGACUUUGGGCUGACUAAGAUCCUCAACCAGCAGUCUGAGCACGUGGUCAACCUCAGCGGCGGCGGAACAGUCACGCAUCUCGCUCCAGAGAUGUUCCAGGCGGGCAGCAAGGUCACGACGGCGGUCGACGCCUACGCUUUUGGCAUCAUGAUGUACGAGCUGUACUGCCGCAAGCGCGCAUACAGCGGCAUACCCCCCGGCUCCAUCAUUGAGCGCGUGUACAAGCAAGGGCUGCGGCCGCGGUUCCCCAGCGCCACGCCUCGGAGUUACGCCGGCUUGGCCGAGGCGUGCUGGCAGACCGACCCCACGAAGCGGCCGACGUUUGCAAAAAUCGCGGAGCGCUUGGAGCAGCUGGCAGUCGAACUCGCGCCGCAGCCCGGCGCGGAUGCGCGCCCCGGCGCCUAG